AUGGUAUCUCAAAUUUGUCUAAAUUUGAUGAAAGAUAAUGCAAGAAAAAUAAUAAAUUCGAAUUCACUUCUUCAAAAGAAUUACAAUUGUUUUUUUUUGGGCUUUAAGAGGCGUUUUUUAAGCAAAAUAUCACCUUUAUAUGUUCAAGAUAUACCUUUGCCUUCAUUUGUGCUUUCUAAGAAGAUAAAACAAAAACAAAUCCCGGAAAGACCUGGUCUUUUAGCGUGUAAAAAAGGUAUGACUUCUGUAUGGACAGAAGAUGGAAAACGAAUUCCUGUGACAGUGCUUCAAGUAGAUCGUCUUCAAGUUAUAGAUAUACGUACAAAAAAGAAGAAUGGAUAUGAUGCUAUUCAAGUAGGAGUAGGUUCAAGGAAUCCUCGGAAUAUUUCAAGAGCUAUGCUUGGUCAUUUUGCAAGAGCAAAAGUACCGCCAAAGUCAAAAGUUGUAGAAUUUAGAAUAAAAGAGCCUUUGAAGUCUUUAGAACUUGGUACUCAAUUAUUUGUAAAUCAUUUUCAAGAAGGAGCUUUUGUUGAUAUACGCGGGAAAAGUAUUGGAAAAGGGUUUUCAGGUGUUAUGAAAAGGUAUCUUAUUUACCUAUUAUGGAACUUUCAUGGUCUUCCUGCUUCACAUGGAGUAUCAAUUUCUCAUAGGUCACCGGGUUCAACAGGGCAAUCACAAGACCCUGGAAGAGUUUUUCCUGGUAAAAAGAUGGCCGGAAGAAUGGGAGGAAAAAAUGUUACUGUACAAAAUGUUCCAAUUAUUAAAAUAGAUAACGAGAAUGGACUUAUACUUGUAAAAGGACCGGUUCCUGGUCCUGAUAAAGGGUAUGUCACUAUAAGGGAUGCUAUUAAAAAAACUCAACCUAAUUUGCUUGGUUAA